GCUCAACUUCAUCCUGUCUCAGAUUUCAGUCGCCAUACUCUCGUGAAGCCGAAGAUAUAUCAUGGAAGAGAGAAAAGACAAAUUUCGACGACCAAGGAAGAGAAUGGACGACACAUUGAUCACCUACAAAUCACGUUGGAGGUAGACGGAGAGGAAAUGACUUUAGAUUUAACUCUUAAUAAGCAGUUGAUCCCCAAAGGUUUCUUCCAUAAACACCAAGAAAAUGGUGAAUAUAAAAUCCACACACCAAAUAACAAGGAAGUGAAUCUCUGCGACUACAUCGGAAAAGUACGUGGUAAACCGGACUCUUGGGCAGCCAUCUCCACUUGCGAAGGCAUGACCGGAGUCAUAUUCGACGGGCGAGAACUGCACUACGUGGAGAAAGAAAGAUCUUCCGGCCGGAAUCCCAUCGAAUCUCCUCAUUUCAUGUACAAACAUUCGGACUUGGUGGAACACAACAAAACUUGUGGAUAUGGGGGAGAUGCCAUCGAUCCGGCAAGAUUGCAUAGCCAUACAGAAAAUAGAAUUCUCAGGUACAAAAGAGAUGCAGAGGAAGUCAAAGUGCGAGGACCUUACAAUGCCAACCGGGAAUCAAAAUACGUAGAACUAGUCUUAGUUAUUGACAAUCAAGGAUACUCAGAUCUAGGCGAAAGCAAGUCCAAGGUUUUGAAUCAUGCCAAAACUAUUGCUAACAUCAUCAAUGGACUUUACUCUCCCUUAAAUAUUUUUAUAGCUUUAGUAGGAGUAGUUAUAUGGACUGAAAAUGACGAAAUUGUGUUUUCUACAAAUGGUGAUAUCACUCUUACAAAUUUUCUACAUUAUAGAAGAGAAAAAUUGAUUAAAGUGCAUCCAAAUGAUAAUGCUCAAUUAUUGACGAAAUUUAAUUUUGAUAAUGGUGUUGUGGGAAAAGCCCUCAAGGGGCCUAUUUGUACAUACGAAUUUUCCGGUGGUGUCAACACCGACCAUUCACCUGUUGUUGGACUAGUUGCCACAACCAUUGCCCAUGAAAUGGGGCAUAAUUUCGGUAUGGAACAUGACACGAACAAAUGCAAAUGUCCGGACGACCGUUGUAUUAUGGCUCCCAGCAGUUCCACCGUAGCUCCGACACAUUGGUCCUCCUGCAGCCUCAAUUAUCUCCUACAGGCCUUCACGCACGGCAUGGACUACUGUCUGAAGAAUAAGCCGGAGUCGCUGUUCGCCGGGCCCACCUGCGGCAACGGCUUCGCUGAGGAGGGCGAGGAGUGCGAUUGCGGCCUGCCGCAGCACUGCGACAAUUUCUGCUGCAACGCCACCACCUGUAGGCUGCACGAGAACGCCACUUGCGCCACCGGAGAGUGCUGUGAUCUGACGACCUGUAAACCGAAAACAGCCGGCGUUAUCUGCCGCUCGGCGGACUACGAGUGCGACCUGCCCGAGUACUGCACGGGCGAAUCGGAGUACUGCCCCGCGGACAUUUACAAACUGGACACGGAAGAGUGCGACGGCGGGAAGGCCUACUGUUAUAACGGUUUCUGCAGGACGAGGACCGACCAGUGCAGGCUGUUGUGGGGAGAAACGGGCAAGUCCAGCGACGAUCAGUGUUACAUGAUGAACACCAAGGGCACAAGGCACGGGAACUGUGGAUACAACAAGUUGAAUCAGUCCUUCUUCAAAUGUGAAAAUAAGAGUGUGUUGUGUGGGAUGUUGCACUGCAAACAUUUGAACGAAAGGCUGGAAUUUGGUAUGGAAUCUGUGGCCAUUUUGUCGCAUACAUUCAUCAACAAGAAGGGUUCCAUUAUACCAUGUCGAACGGCUAUAGUAGAUUUAGGUAUAAAUCAGAAAGAUCCAGGACUCACUCCAGAUGGAGCAAAUUGUGGAGAAGGAAAGAUGUGUGUGAACCAGAAAUGCAUGUCAGUAUCCAGCCUAAGAAUACAGGGACCCAGUUGUCCUCAAGACUGCAAUGGUAAUGGAUGGUGUAACAACAAGGGCCACUGUCAUUGCAAAGAUGGAUUUGCUCCUCCCUUCUGUGAUUAUCCAGGUCCAGGUGGUUCGUUGGAUAGUGGACCUGCCUCAGAUCCAAAUGCUCGUCGAGGUCUUGUGAUAGCCCUCUUCGUCAUCUUCCUCGGAAUUGUCCCCCUCAUCACAAUUAUCUUGCUUCUCAGCUACUACGCACGUCGUAACUUCAAAUUUGGAUGGAAAAAACCGUCAGCGACAACGUAUGUAACGAAUUAUUUCCAGCAUGUCAUGUCAGCAUGCAAAGGAUUUGGGCCUUCUAAUAAACAUUCUCCGGUGCCUACAAUUUCUACGAAAGUAUCUCAAAAUGAUGAAAGUAGUGUAAAGCGUGCGAAACUCGAAAUUGAAACCAUCGGGCUAAUUUCAACUAGUAACACCGAAUAUAUUCUUAGGAGUAAUACAAUCACGAAACCUUUAGAAUGCACCCGUGAACAUGAAACUAAUAACCGUGUCGAAAAUGUUGAAUUACCGAAAGCAGAGAGACGUUUGUCUCUUAAGAAUAUAAAAAAUCUAAAAUUGAAUAUUGGUUUUGAGAAGUUUUCUAGAGAUACGCCCAGUGGUUCCGUGACUGGUGAAAAAUUGUUACAAGAUACUCCUCAAUUAUCUGAAAAAAGACACGGUGAGAAACCAGAAAGACGAAUGUCAUUUAAGAAUCUAAAGAACUUCAAAUUCAAUCCUCAGAAGCACAGUGGGGAUAAAAGUGACGGCUCUAAUACACCUGGUACUGCCGAAACUUUGGUGCAGUCAAAGAACUCGCUAAGCAAUUGAAUAA